GAGCUCAGUGGUCAGAAGAAGACCUACGCUCAGCGUUGCAAGCCAUAGGGAAUGGAAUGUCCAUCAAAGCUGCUGCCAAGCAAUACAGUAUACCUCGUACAACACUAGGCCUUCAUCAUAGAACCCAAAAUUCUAAAAAAAAGCUCGGAAGGUCACCAGUAUUAUCUACAGAACAAGAAAAUGAGUUAGUGCAAAGAAUCCACAGACUAGCUGAGGUAGGAAUGCCUAUAACAAGCAAGAUUUUAAUGAAAAGUGUAUUUUCUUAUGCAACAGCAAAAUACAUUUCAAAUCCGUUUUCUAAAAUCUCGAAUAGGGCUGGUAGAAAAUGGCUCAAGUUAUUCUUAACUAGGCAUCCGGACGUAUCGAAAAGUUGAGCUCAACAAAUGAAUAUGGCGCGAGCCCAAAAAAUGAAUAUGCCAAUCGUUGAUGACUACUUUCAUAAGCUAAGAGAAACCAUCGAAAAGCUAAAGUUAUUUGACAAACCAGGUAACAUUUAUAAUAUGGACGAAAAAGGGUGCAGAUUGACAAUUCAUAAGCAACCAAUUGUUUUAGCCAGAAAAGGGGCAAAGCGCGUACAUUUAACCGCACCCGAGCAUGGGGAAAAUGUGUCAAUUGUAGGUUGUGGAAACGCACUGGGUCAAUCAGUACCACCUUUUGUGCUUUUUAAAGGACAAAGGUUAAAACCGGAAUGGUCUGAUCACUUGCCACCUGGCUCAAAAGCAAUUGUCACAAAUAAAGGAAGCAUGACAUGUGAAGCCUUUAUUGUAUGGCUUACUCAUUUUUCCUCAUUCAAAAAUUCUGGCCCAACACUACUAAUAUUCGAUGGGGCUAAAAGUCACCUUGAUAUUUCUAUAGUUGAUGCAGCAGACCGCAUGGGCAUAACUUUAUUUUGUCUUCCAAGCAACACUUCACAUGAGUUGCAACCCAUGGACAAGUCUGUAUUUAAAAGUUUUGAGACGUUUUGGGAUCAAGAAGUUUUGCAGUUUUUAAUGAUAAACCCUGGAAAAGCAAUUACGAAAAUGAGGUUUGGAGAAAUUUUUACUCCCGUUUGGUUCAAAGCGAUGAUUCCAUCAAACAUUAUUUCUGGUUUCAAAGCCACCGGUAUAUAUCCAUUUAGACCAGAGGCUAUACCUGAAGAGGCUUAUGCACUAAGUUUGAUCACCCACAGAGAAGAAAACGACGUAGUAAAUAAUUCUCAAGGUGUAUCAGAUGUCGUGGAAAGUUCUUGCAGGUCAAUUGAGUCUGCAGACAAAAACAAAGCAAGUACAAGCGGGUAUCAAGUGCCAAAGAAAACUGUUGCGGUUCAUUUACUUAUCUUUUAAGUUAUCAAUUUUUGUUGUCUUAGAAUAAUUUGUUACUUUUUCUGUAGUUCCUAAUAUUGACAUGGGGUGGCAAUAAUAGCAGGUCUGGUGAUCCCAAUAUUGCCAUUGUCGACCCCAAUAAAAACUUACAUUAAUUUAGUUUCUAUUUAGUUUUUGGAUUUAAAUAAAAAAUAAUGUUAGAAACAAUGCAUUUUUAUACCCGUGCGUAAAAUUGUACUCACCUCUUAAUAACAGUUUAAGAAUUACUUAUAAGUAAGCGUUAAGGUGGCAAUAUUUG